CUGCAAUGGGUGUAACUGUCGUUUGUUGACUACAGCUUGAGUCAUCAGCAUGAUUUGAUCAAAUAAUUUCCAAUUUUUUCAUUUGCAGUGUACACCAAGUGUUCGUUUAUUAAACUUCAGUAAUUAUUUCGUACCAAAUCGUGGAAUGUAGUAAUGGAAAUCACGAAUUUUCUUUGUUUCUUUUUAACUGUGCUUGGACAAAGUGUGUUUGCAGACUUCUACAAUGAGUACGAAUGCAACAACCCGUUACUACAACGUGCCGUUUUAAAGGCCACAUCUUCCAUGCCGAAAAGGGGUCCCGAAAACGCCGUUUUGUGGGGAUCGUCCGCUUGGAGUCCGGAAGAAAGCACAUAUUUUCACUUUCUAACAAUGGAUUUAGGGGGUCCUUUUGAGAUCCGCUCGAUUAGUACGCAAGGUCGGAAAGGGUCCAACGAGCACGUUACCGAAUAUAUUAUACAGUUUUCUGACGACGGGGAGGCUUGGAGGAGCUUUACUGAUGCUCAAGGAGAAAUCGAGAUGUUUACGGGUAAUUCAGACGGUGACUCGAUUCACAAAAACGAAUUCGAAGUGCCCAUAAUCGCGCAAUGGAUUCGCAUAAAUCCGACCAGAUGGCGCGACCGUAUCUCGAUGAGAGUGGAGCUCUACGGUUGUGAUUAUGAGGCUGAUCGUAUGUAUUUCAACGGAACCGCUUUGCUCAAGCUCGAUAUGAUGCGAGAUCCCGUGUCGGCAUCUCGUGAGAGUAUCCGAUUUAGGUUUAAGACGGCUGUGGCGAAUGGAGUUGUGUUGUACAGUAGGGGAACACAAGGAGAUUACAUUGCUUUGGAGUUACGAGACAAUAGGAUGUUGCUUAAGAUCGAUUUAGGAUCGGGAAUUGUGACUAGUUUAUGUGUCGGAAGUUUGCUAGACGAUAAUAUUUGGCACGACGUUGUUAUUUCAAGGAAUCGAAGGGAUAUUUUGUUCUCGGUUGAUAGAGUGGUGGUUCAGGAUAAGAUUAAAGGGGAGUUCAACAGACUCAACUUGAACCAAGCGUUUUACGUUGGUGGAGUUCCUAAUAUUCAAGAGGGUUUAGAAGUGGUCCAAAAUUUUACCGGUUGCAUUGAAAAUAUUUACUUAAAUGCAACAAAUCUCAUUCGUGAUUUAAAACACGCGAAUAUGUAUAAUGAGCCGGCGUUGCGUUUUGAAAGAGUCAACACUUUGUACAACUGUCCGGAACCUCCAAUUAUUCCAGUCACUUUCCUGACGAAGAAUUCUUUUGCAAAACUUAAGGGUUAUGAAGGAAUGAGUUCGUUGAAUGCUUCGUUUGCCUUCAGAACGUACGAAAAGGACGGAUUGAUGUUCUUCCAUGCGUUUUCAACGUCUGGACAUGUUGCGAUAUUCCUAGAAGAGGGAAAAAUCAAAGUCGAGCUAAUAACCUCCGGCGUUUCGAAAGUAGUUCUCGACAACUACAAGGAGAAAUUCAACGACGGUCGAUGGCACUCUGUCGUCUUAACAAUCAGCACCAACUUACUAAUCUUCAACGUGGACUACCGCCCUAUGAAAACCGUCCGCCUCCUAACGAUCAAAACCGGCGGUACUUACCUAGUAGCAGGCGGUGUAACCACAUCUCUCGGUUACUCGGGCCAACCGAUGCCCGGUUUCAUCGGUUGCAUGCGCACAAUCGGCAUCGACGGCAACUACCGCCUACCAACCGAUUGGACAAAAGGCGAAUACUGUUGCGAAGAUCAAGUCGUCUUUGACGCUUGCCGAAUGACCGAUCGCUGCAACCCCAACCCAUGCCAACACGGCGGGCUGUGCAAACAAAACGCGCUGGAAUUCUUCUGCGAUUGCAAAAACACAGGUUAUGGCGGCGCCGUUUGUCACACUUCAAUCAAUCCACUGUCGUGUCAAGCCUACAAGAACGUCCAAGCGGUCAAUCACAAAGCCGAGAUUAAAAUCGACGUUGAUGGGAGCGGGCCGUUGGGCCCGUUUCCCGUAACGUGCGAGUUUUAUUCCGAUGGUCGCGUUGCCACUGUCUUACACCACAGUAACCAGGAGACCACGCCAGUUGAUGGGUUCCAAGAACCGGGGAGUUUUCGACAGGACAUACACUAUGAAGCGGAUGAUGAUCAAGUGGCCGCGUUGAUUAACCGGUCAAGUACGUGUCGACAACACUUGCAGUACGCGUGUCGUGGCGCUCGUUUGUUUAAUUCACCCACGGAUGAGACUAGAUUUAGUCCGUUUUCGUGGUGGGUGUCCAGACACAACCAGAAGAUGGAUUAUUGGGGCGGUGCCUUGCCUGGAUCACGUAAAUGUGCGUGUGGUGUUUCUGGCACUUGUGUGGAUCCAACCAAGUGGUGUAAUUGUGACAGUAGUAAUGACUAUAACGCUGAUAAGUGGCUAGUCGAUGCUGGGGAUAUAACCGAAAAGGAGAAUCUCCCAGUGAAACAAUUGCGGUUCGGUGACACCGGAACCGCCCUCGAUUAUAAAGAAGGUCGCUACACUUUGGGGCCGUUGUUGUGCGAAGGCGAUGAUUUGUUUAAUAACGUGAUCACGUUCCGAAUAUCAGACGCUACUAUCAAUUUGCCAACUUUUGACAUGGGUCAUAGUGGUGAUAUAUAUUUUGAGUUCCGAACAGCUGUGGAAAACGCUGUUUUGUUCCAUUCAAAAGGCCCGUCUGACUUUAUCAAGUUGAGUAUAGUUGGUGGUAACCAACUACAAUUCCAAUAUCAAGCCGGCUUGGGCCCCAUGGCUGUGAUCCGCGAAACGUCAUAUAAACUCUCGGACGAUAGAUGGCACUCAGUCUCAGUCGAACGUAACAGGAAGGCGGCCAUGAUCAUUGUUGACGGUGCUUUGAAGGCCGAAGUGAGGGAACCCCCGGGUCCCGUGCGCGCCCUCCACCUGACUUCGGAACUUGUGAUCGGGGCGUCCACGGACUACCGCGAUGGCUUCACCGGGUGCAUUCGCGCCCUUUUAAUCAACGGACAACAAGUCGAUUUGAGAAGUUACGCCCGUCGGGGGCUAUACGGCGUAACCGAAGGUUGUAUCGGCAAGUGUCAAAGCAACCCAUGCCUCAAUAACGGCACUUGUUUCGAGCGCUAUGACAGUUACUGGUGUGAUUGUCGUUGGACGGCGUUCAAAGGGCCGAUUUGUGCCGACGAAAUCGGUGUUAACAUGCGUCAGACGUCCAUGGUUAAGUACGAUUUUAUGGGGUCGUGGCGUUCGACCAUUGCCGAAAAUAUCCGAGUCGGGUUCACGACGACGAAUCCCAAAGGUUUCCUUUUGGGUUUCUCGUCGAAUAUCUCGAAGGAGUAUUUGACUAUUAUGGUGUCGAAUUCGGGACAUUUGCGUGUGGUUUUCGAUUUUGGGUUCGAACGGCAGGAGGUGAUCUAUCCGGAGAAGCUGUUCAGUUUGGGGCAGUAUCACGAUUUUCGACUCUCGCGGAAGAAUUCGGGGGCCACGUUGGUGCUUCAGGUUGAUAAUAAUAAACCGGUUGAGUAUCACUUUAAUAUUAAGGCGUCGGCCGAUGCACAGUUCAAUAACAUACAGUAUAUGUAUAUUGGACGGAAUGAGUCGAUGACUGAGGGUUUCAUUGGUUGUAUUUCGCGGGUCGAGUUUGAUGAUAUUUAUCCAUUGAAGUUGUUGUUCCAACAGUCGGGGCCUAUUAACGUCCAGUCGUUAGGAACUCCGUUGACUGAGGAUUAUUGUGGGGUGGAACCCAUAACUCAUCCGCCCGAUCUCAUUGAAACGAGACCACCGCCCAUCGUUGAUGAGGAGCAGUUGAGGAAGGCGUACAAUCAAACGGAUUCAGCUAUUUUAGGAAGUGUUUUGGCGAUUAUUUUCCUAGCUUUGGUGAUCCUGGCCGUAAUAAUUGGGCGAUAUUUGCACCGUCACAAAGGCGAAUAUUUGACGCAGGAGGACGCAGGAGCCGACACUGCACUCGACCCAGACACCGCUGUUGUACACGGAACAACAGGACAUCACGUCCAGAAAAAGAAGGAGUGGUUCAUAUAGUCGAAAAUUCGUUAAAUUAAUUAUGGGCCUAAUAGUACAACAAGAUUGUUUUAAAUAAGGCAGUUUUCACGGUUGUGAAAAUUUAUUUACAUUGAAAGACCGUUUAUUUUUUUAUUGUUUUUAUUUAGGAUGUGUUCAUGUGGCAUAAACUUUUGUUUUGUGCAAUUUCUGUACUUUUUUGACUUAGUUUCUUUCCGUCCAUUUUAUUUUAGGAGUCGCAGACUCCGCGUAUUUAACAACAUUCCAGUAUUAUUUAUGGUUCUAAAACACUAAAAUUCGAUCACUUGAUCUUCCAAAAGGUUAGUCGCUAGAAUAAGUGCCUUUUUACGGCAUGUCAUCGAUACUUUGCACUGUAACUUAUCUUUUGUUGCUUUUUUAAAUUGUAUUAUAUUGUAAUACUGACUAGUAUGAGAUAUUGUGUAAUUUUUUACAAAUAAAAAUACAUAAAACACA